CAUUCAUCUGUCCUACCGGAUGGUUGAUAUUUUGCGCGGGCUUUUGCGGAGAUAGUUGAGAUCCGGGUGUGCAACAUUUCUCCAUUUGUCCACGUUAGAUAUCGAGUUGGCUACGUAGAAGACGUAUGAUAUCUGUGCGCGUAGUGUGUGGAGUAAAGUUUUUGAAUCUGGCUAUCUUUAUGAACGGGGACAUACCUAUCAGUAAUUGUUUGACUUGAGGCAGUUCUAACGGUGAAAGGUGUUUUUUUGCAAGCUGCAAGGAGGGUGAUUGUUCAGAACGAAGAAUGUAUUCACGUUGAAUGUCGUACAAUGUAUUAUGCAAGUGAAAUCUUCUGAUGAUGAGCAUUGUAUUCUUUUUACACCGGAUUGGAAAUUGUAAUACAUAAAUUCAUACACACAACCAUAGUUCAGUGAGCACGUGCAAGUUUGUUUGCAACCAGAAGUGGGUGAUGUGUGUUGUGUUUGGUGCUAUAAAGUGGCAAUUGUCACAUUGUGUUCCAUUUCUUUGCGGAAACUAAGAAACAGCUGCUUAUAGAACAGUGGGUGUUUGUUCGCAUCGCAAACUUGUCCUACUUUUCUUCUUGAGGAGAUAGCACGAGAGGAAAGUAUUAAACACCCGGCAAAAAAGAAGAUAUUAUAACGCCGUUAUUCAAUUAAAGUAGAAACAGAGCACAACUACCGCCGUCUGAACGUUCCUGACGCUGUACCGCGCCUGCAUCGGACAGCACAAUCGCCGGCCCAAUCAUUCCACGAACGACGACGAGAGUGGUCGCACAACAGCAACUGAGUACAUACAAAAGCCCAACGACGUACAAACUAAACUUUGUCAAUUUAGGGAUGUUUUAUCAAUGAAAGGCGAUACUUUUCGGAACUAUCAUCGAAGCGCGUCACAAGUUAUUCCUAGAACCGUUUGAUGAUCAGCAAUUAUCAGCCCCGACAACUGGGCGCAGGUGAAGACGCCAAAGCUGGCAUCCAAUCAAACAACGUUGCUUACCAAAGAUAGCUCCCCGCGGUUACGGAGCCGGUGAAAGCUGGGUACGACGUCACCCCGCCCAAAUUUCGGUAUGGUGGCACACUCCCUGCAGCAGGAGGUGAAUCUUUCUCGCCGUGCCUGUAGGGUGCCCCGGUGCCACCCCAGCAGUGCGAGGCAGCAGGACGAAGAUAUCAGAAAAGUGGUAGAAGAACAACUGUUGAAUGGUGCUAAUCAACCGCCUGCUAGUGAAGUAAUAGCAUUUCGCCUACAGCCCGCCUAUCCUAGCGAAAGUAGUUGCUGCCUCGAUGCAGAUCCUUUGAGUUCGCGGAGCCCUUGGUUCCGCUGCAGAGAUUAUUGCAGUGGUAACGGUGAAGUGGACGACGUUAGUAGGAGAAGGCCGGUAGUGUGUUUUAGUUUUCGCUUGGUUGCACGUGUUUUCCUGUUAGUUAAGGCAUUAGUGAUGGGUGUUCUGCGGUUUGAUGUGGCGUGUGAACUCCGAGGGUGUCCUAAACGUGCAAGCAGUAGCCGAGGCUCCAGAAUGAAUCUAGUGAGGUGGUGCACCUGGGUGGUUGUGUUGAGUGCCGUUUUGAAUAAUCAGGGUGGUUUCGUGUUAGCUAGGCCCAAAAAUGGCGUUGUGACGGUGGAUGAUGGAGAUGUGUUUUCUGUGGCUUCCGGCCAGUUGUCCGCGGCGGAUCUGCUGACGCCGCAACCGGGUAUGCAUUUCGGCUCCCUGGGGCCGAGCGAAAGUCAAUUGAAGCGUUCCGCUGAGUUAGCGUCAUCUACUAUUGUAUCGUCAACAGUGUCGUCGGAUGGCGGCGGCGGGUCGUUCGGUGCCACCCACCAUGCGGAGCGCGACGAGGAAGGCCACGAGGUGGAACGGUAUCCGGUCGCACAGGUGGAAUUUUCGCGCGUGGAAACUCCGUUUGUGAUCGGCGUCUGGAUUCUGUCGGCCAGUAUCGCGAAAAUCGGUUUCCACAUGACGCCGAAGCUGAGCAAAAUCUUCCCCGAGUCCUGUCUGCUGAUCGUGGUCGGCGUCAUCAUCGGCGUGCUGCUGCGGUAUGCCACCAACUUGCACGUGUCCCCGCUGACGCCGAACACGUUCUUCUUCUACAUGUUGCCACCCAUCAUCCUGGACGCGGGUUACUUCAUGCCAAAUCGAAUGUUUUUCGACAACAUCGGUACUAUCCUACUAAUGGCUGUGAUCGGUACAAUAUUCAAUAUUGCUACCAUUGGUGUAUCGCUGUGGGCGUGUGGACUGACCGGCAUUUUCGGAGUGGAUCUGCCAUUUUUACACGUAUUUCUGUUCUCGUCGCUAAUUUCCGCCGUCGAUCCGGUCGCGGUGCUGGCCGUCUUUGAGGAAAUCCACGUCAAUGAAGUGCUAUACAUCGUCGUGUUUGGCGAAUCGUUACUAAACGAUGCUGUCACUGUUGUGAUGUAUCACAUGUUCGAGUCGUACAAUGAGAUUGGCGCCAGCAACAUCCAGGUGGUAGAUAUCGCUUCCGGCGUUGCGUCCUUCUUUGUGGUUGCCCUUGGUGGCACCAUCAUCGGUGUAAUCUGGGGCUUCCUUACUGGGUUGGUGACGCGAUUCACCGACCACGUACGUGUCAUCGAGCCUAUCUUCAUCUUUGUUAUGGCCUAUUUGGCGUAUCUGAAUGCUGAAAUCUUCCACAUGAGCGGCAUCUUGGCAAUCACCUUCUGCGGUAUUACGAUGAAGAACUACGUUGAGCAGAACGUAUCGCACAAAUCGCACACUACCAUCAAAUACGCACUGAAAAUGCUGUCCUCGUCGGCAGAAACGAUCAUCUUCAUGUUCCUGGGCGUGGCCACCGUCAACAAUCGACACAUCUGGAAUACCUGGUUUGUCGUAUUGACAAUAGUGUUCUGUUCCGUUUUUAGAAUUAUAGGUGUAUUAAUAUUAUCAGCGAUGGCAAAUCGUUUUAGGAUACAUAAAUUAUCUAAAGUAGAUCAAUUCGUCAUGUCUUACGGAGGCCUUCGAGGUGCUGUGGCGUUCGCUUUAGUGUUACUGGUUUCGACGGACCACAUUCCGCUGCAGCCGAUGUUUGUAACGACCACGAUUGCGGUCAUCUACUUUACUGUAUUCCUACAAGGCAUCACCAUCAAACCACUAGUCAAGGUGCUGAACGUAAAGCGCGCCAGCAAGCGGAAACCGACGAUGAAUGAACGAAUUCACGAAAGGUUUAUGGAUCACAUGAUGGCGGGUGUAGAAGAUAUUGUCGGCAAAACGGGAAAUUACAACAUUAGAGAUAAGUUUAAGAGAUUCGACAAUAGGUUCAUUCGUCCAUACCUGAUUAAGAAUUUACAGGGUCCUGAACCAAAAAUUUUAGAAACCUAUUCUAAGCUUACGAUGCGUGACGCGAUGGAUUAUAUGCGCCGAAACCCGUCCACAAUUGGUCAGAUGUCGGGCACCGAGUCGAUGAGCGCCCUCUUCCGAAACUAUACUGGCGUCUUCGGCGGAAGGUGCGGGGCAUCAUUCUUGGCCACAUGCCCAAGUUUUUCCAACUUGGAGAACUCUACACGAAACUUGGACAUGCAAGAACUGGACUACAAUCCGUCGAAGAAAGAUUUGACUGAUGCUCGUAUUCAUCACUUGUUGUCGGUAGAACUGAAACCUUACCGAAGGACUUCAACGCACAUGACACGAAGACUGAGCUACAGUCGCCAUGCCGUGGACGACCGAGACUUAUCUACUCAGGUAAACUACAAGAUGCAAAUGAAUAUCCGCCGAAUGAUCAGUGAGAAGAAACAUAAGCGCAGCAAGCGUGGCAAGGACGGCAAACCGCAGAACCACGUGUCGUUCAACGAGCUGCCACUGAACGGAUCCGCCAAACAGUUUGCGAACGACUACAUCAACGAAGUUCUGCAUGAAGACAAUGAGGACGAGGAGCAGCUGCCGAACGCACCCGGCGACGACUGGGAUGGCGGUGGUUUGACAUUCACCGCGAAAUCCUCUCUGGACGAGAAAUCCGAACAACCGAAGAUCGAUAAACGCUUUUCGAAAGACUUACGGGAUUUAGAAGUGGGAGAGAAUCGCGUCAACACGCCUACGGCUAUAGAAGCUGUGCUUCCCUGGAAACGGGUCGACGAAGAUGACGAAAAUGGUGCUAUUAAACAAAACGAAUUCCCAUCGUGGGCUUCGAACAAAGAAUACCUAGCUUAUAAUUCACCAAGUGCAACAUUUUUAGGUGGCCUAACACAACCUAAACAGGCUAAGUCUGUAAUAGGUCUCUUCCGGCGCGAGAGUUCCGGCUCGGGUGGAAUCGUCAUUGGCGGGGUAACGGAUUCCGAGACAUCGACCCCGGUGACGGCGACGACGCCGAUCGGUCGCGUCAAGAAGGAUAAACGAUCGGCCUCGAUCGCCGGCUACAUCACAUUCCCCGGUUCCGGUGACGCCAGCGACGACCCGUUGGGUGUCUCGAGGGCGGCCGUGCCCCACGCCAAUGCCUUCCCGGUCACAGCCAGCCACAGACGGAACAACCGACGGGGCUCGUUGCUGGAGCUGAGCGGCGAGGCGAUCCCAGAGGAAAACUACUCCAAGUCUCUGCCAGACCGAGACAAGCACGGACCCCGACGAGGACCAGCUCUAAUCAAGGCCUCGGGAACGCCCAAGCCGGCCAGCAGCCGCAAGUCCACCAACCCACAGACCACCGCCCUGCUAUCGUCCAGUUCGACCGACUCGGAGGAGGAUGAGGAAGAGGAAGAUGAGGACUGCGCCGACGAACAGCACCCCAUAUGAGAAAUAUUUAUCUAGGUAGUCUCGUUUCCUCCCGUCUGCGUCUGAACCCCCGUCUUGACGACCCCCACACCAAUCCCCGAAUCCGAAACGAAUCCUUUCUGUCUCUCAUCGUAACGCGCAAACGGAAAGGAAGUCCGCACAUCACACGCACCUCUGGUUGGAUUCUCCAACCUCCCAAAAAUGCCCCAAAUGCCCUCCUUCUUCCUCCUCAUCUGUCCAAAAGCACGCAACCACAUGCGGAUCACCGUCAGCAGCAGAAGCAGCAAUCAACAUACUCGGUAAUGUUACUUAAACUUAGGUUACUACGUGAUCAUCCUAUUGUCUUACACGAAAAGUGACUUUAUUUCGUCCCUCCGUGGAUCAAAACGAUAACUCUGUAUUUAAAGGUCUAAAGUUUCUUAUGCUGUUAGGUAUUUUAGUAAUGUAUUCAAAUGUAAGCCGAAGUGUAACAUUCAAAAGUGAUGGAUUAGAUACAACAAGCUAAAUGACAACAUACUACGCGGGAACAAUUCGGUAGGGAAAGAAAUCGAAAAACAAUACAGUUGAUGUGAUAGUUGACAAGUAUGUACUAAAGGUUUAUUUUGUUCUACUCAUGAUCUACUGACAAAUAAUAACUAAGCAGUGGUUACAAACAUUCUAACACUACUGUACUCUUUGUUUUGCAACGUUAAAAUUGCAUUAUAAUCAACACUCUUUAUAUUGCUUUAUUUUUUAUUCUGGGGAUACAACGCAUUUAUUUGUUUGUUUUACUAGAGAAAUAUAUAUUCUAUCAUCAUUUUGUUAUCUUUUUAUUACGGUGAAGUCUAUUGAUGCAAAACGUCCAACGGAAGUCUAAAGUUAUUGGAGCAAACUUGACUUGUGGUUACCAAGACGACCAAGACAGGCUCAAUUUUCAUUCAAAAUGGUUUGUUUGGAGAUCGGAACAUCAGUUUUUUUUCAUUUCCAAGAUAAAUUCUUCAAAAUUUGUGCGGUAAAUCAUUCUGAAUAUUAACGAGCAAUUCUUCGUAUUUUUCAUACGGAAUGGAAAUUUUUACCGAAAGUUCUUUGGAAUUGCAACGAGCAAUUUUUCAGGAAUACCACAGGAAAUUCUUCGCAAUUUCAAUGAAAAUUUUUGAGUAAUUUCUACAGGGUACUUUCAGUACUUUUACGAGACUUUUUUUCUGAAUUCUCAUCAAUUGCUCGGAGAGUCCAAAGGCAAUUCUUCGAAAUAUCCGCGAGAUAUUUUCUUUAAUUUCCAACGGAAUUGCUUCGACUUUUCGAUGGGAAAUACACAUUUUUUUGGAAUUCACAAUAACUUCAUCGGAAUAUUCACGGGAAAUCUUUCGAGUCAGGAGCGGCAACGAAGCGAUCCCCGAGCCGUACUGCACCAAAAUUCUUUCACUUCAAGAUUUAAUCAAUAAAUGUAAAAGGAUUUAGUGAAUAAUUUAUAAAUAAUUUACCAUGUCCUGUUCACAUACAUGACAUUACGCUUCCUGACCAUUGAAAUGGAAAGUAGGCUUUGGAAUUGAAACAACACAAAUCAAAAACAAAUCGCCACCCAGCAAAUGCGGAAUUGCAAACGCCGUUUGUUCGCGUAUGACCAAAACUGUAUCAAAAGUGACUGUGUUUGACUUGCAAAUCGCAAUGAUAAAAGCAAGAUCUGCAGAAUAUAUAUCAAAGGGGUAGCUUCUCAAGGUACCUCAUCAGUUGCACUUUGGUCGGCGAGCAAUCGAUUGAAUUUAGCCACGGACAAGAGCAUUCAAGAGGUCUUAGUCGAAAGUUUACUUAGUUAAUCGUGCGUAACGUGUCGUUACAAAGGAAACCAACAGCGGUAUUAUUACUUAAAAACAAAACAAACCAGAAGAAACGAUGUGCAAACGAAGUCAGUGGUUCAACUCGGUGAUGCUUGGAUAGCUCAAGCCCAAGAAACACUCGGAAGCACACUCAAUAGCAAACAGUCACAAAUGUUUCAGGAAACGUUGUUUAGAUUUAUUUAGAUUAAAUUUUGGCUUACAGCUCCCGUUUUUUAAAUGUUUUUUUUUUUUAUAUUUUGAUUAAACUUUUCUUUAUAGUAAAAAGUCACAAUUUGUGUUUUUUUAUUUUCCGUGGAUUUUAUUCUUAUCACAUUAUGUUUCUCAAGGUAAGUAUAAUUUUUCACAGAUAGCACAGUAUUUCGCUCUUCUGCUCGACAUUCUUUUUUAUUUCCAUUCUGUUUUAGUUUUUUUUUCUUUUUUUAAAGCUUUGAAGUAGUUUAAAACGAAUCCAACAUUUUAAAUGAACCAUCCAUUUUAAUUUAAAAAAGUUUUCAAUUGUUUCAUACACAACAUUCCCACCAACCAAUAUCCGAAGACGACCCAAUAUUCACGGGAAAAAAGACUCCUAGAUACGUAUUCAAAUGGAUUGAUAACGCCAAGAAAAGGAAUGAACAAUGCCGUUUGGCUUGAUAUGGAACUCAGAGGUCAAUGUGCACAAACAAAGUAGCAAAUCUGAAAUCUUGUCAUGGCUAUGGAAUAAAUUUUGGCUGUUACGCCCUUUUCAAAUGUUGGUCUAGUUAUGUUUAAACAUUGACCCUUAAUAUUUUUUACUGAAAACAUAAUGAAAACCGACUACUGUGCGUAUACAUGAACGAUUUUUGUUAUUGAAUUCGACAGCACAUGCAGUUUUAAAAUUUAGGGAGACUUGAUCCCCUUUCUAUGAUAUCUACCCAAUAAAUAAUGUUUCCUGCCAACCCUUCAUCAAAUCUGCCAAAUCUACAAAAAAUUAGAAGCCUGAGAACAGAUUUAUAUUUUUUUUCGCCAAAUUUUUGUAUGAGUGACUAAUGGGGGAUCAAAUGUCCCCAUAUUGAGGCAAUAACUUCAAAUCCAAAUAUCCUAAAACUUUGAUGGAAUGUUGACAUUUCCACCAGUACAAAUCAUUAAGCACAUUUAUGGCUUUGUGCUGUGAAAAAAACGAAAGCAUUUGGUCAUUGUUAUGAAAAGUUAUUCAAAUUUUGCGUGGCCAAUAAAAAAAUAUUGCAGAAUGCCUGCAGAAUAAAUAAGGUUGUCAAUCCAAAAAAUAACUCACCACAUAAAGGUCAUUUGUCUAGAGGAUCUAUACUAAAAAAUACGCUAGAACAAAACUACUUUAGUUCUCGAUAAAACAGAGGGUGAUCAAGUCUCCCCGGGGAUCAAGUCUACCCACCUUCCCCUACAUGUAGGCUAUAUCCCGUGUGGAAUUACACUAAUAAUGGCAUUCCAUUUAUGUGCAUGAUUUUUAGCGUAAAUUUCAAUGAUUUUUUCUGUCUGUGUAACACUCACAAGAGCUGGUUAUAUUUUUGCCGUUGUCAAUGUUUCAGUUUUACAUUCGCUGCACACUCAUGCUCUGAUUUCCAAUGUAAGCCAAUUUGUGCAAUGUUACUGAAGCUCAUGCCACCAAUAGGAACCAAAGUCUCCAUACCAAUAUUCUAUGCCUCGAAUGGCUUACAGUCUAACCGCAAGCCAGUGUGCCAGCUGGUAUAAAAAUACACCUCUCCCAAUUGCCUUACAACGAAAUCGUCACUCUCUCGCCAACCCCUCAAGAAGAUCAUCGCUAUUGGUAAAGGACAUGGGACUGGUAAUGAAAAUAUUUGAAUCACUGUACCACAAAGUGGUCCAUUCACUGCGUAUUUCGAACUUCGCGAAAUACUAAACAGCAAUUUGAACUGUAAAUACCAAAAUAAGAAAACAAACGUAAAUGAUAACAAAUACAACAAAAAAAAUACACAUAAACAACAAGAAAACGACUGCUAGCAAAUAAGUGAGAAAAGUAAGAGAAAAAGGAAACAUCUUUGACUAAAAACGGAACACUAACUAUAAAUCAUAAGUUUUUCAACCCAUUGGAAUAACAAAUGAAUUUGAAAUUAAAUAUACGGUACGAUAUCUAUUGAAUAGCACGGUUGGUCCGAAACGGAAAAUGAAGCUCGUUUACAACACUUCCGAUUUUUUUCUACUGUAGUCUAUCGAAUCGAAUCGGCUAGUUACUUUUAACAAAAUUUUCGAAUUACAAUCGUUUCAGUAAGAUGAAUCUAUUUAGGAUCUUUAACAUGUUCGACCACAAAUGUGAUUACUACUUAAAUUGUGCAGAAGUAAGCAGAGUAAAGCAGUUCUUUUAAAAAAUCAGAUGGCUCGACUGCGUUGUAACUUAAAAAACAAAAAAGCGAGCGAGUGAAACUACGUGUUAGCUUUAGCAGUUUUAAGAAAAAAAUGUUUGGGAGAUGUGAAUGUCGAUGAUAAAUGAUAAAAAAAAAUACUGUUGAGAAAACGAUAAAGGGAGAGAUGAUAUAUCUUGAGGAACUGUUAUUUUUAUAAAUAAACUUUAGAAAAAUAAA